UCCUUCAAUGCCUGUAGGAAUCAGUGCAUGUUGGGGGCGUGCUGCCUUCGCAAACCCAGACAGAGGCAUCCCAGUGAGCCAAGGCAUUACAGUCAGUAUGAAUACAACAUCACAUCCGUGAACAGGACUCUGCUGGGCGAUGACAACCUCAUAAUGGAGGAUGAAGUUUGGUACAGCGAUGCUGGGUUACCUCAUCGAGAGCUUCAAGAUUUGAAAGAAAGCCCAAAACAAACAAACUGCACCACUGAUCUGGAUUUUACUUAUACGUGUGACUACCUGACUCACACGCAGUGUCAAGCUUUGGCGAAUCAGCAGCCUGAACAAACACAGGUGGUGAGCUUCUCUCCUGGAGCGAGGUGCUCUGAUGUGGGCUGUGGUGGUGGCGGAGGCUGCGGUUGCUUCUCUCAGCUUAAACUGUGGAGAUCCAGUCAAAGUGACGGACAGGGCUGUGAGGACUGCACGUGCACACAAAGCGGCAAAGUCGACUGCGUGUGCAGACACCUCAUCCACCGUAAGGAGAUUCGCGAUCUCACUCUGAGAGAGAGGCGGCUGUAUCAACGGGCAAUCAGGAAACUCUAUGCCCGGUCAGCUGUUUGGAAGGGAUUUGCACUCCUGCGAGCCGAGUUCUCCCCUCAGGCUGGACACCACGCGUUCUUCCUCCCCUGGCACCGCUACUUUCUACGAUUAGUGGAGCAUGAACUGCAAUCAGUGUCGUCCUGUAGAAUGGCUGUUCCAUAUUUUGAAUGGACAGUGGACUCUGGGUCAAUGCAGUCGUCAGCAGCGUGGCAGGCUGGACUGUUUGGGGGAGACGGUGAACCAGAGACAGGCUGUGUGCCACAUCACCCCUUCCAGGGCUCCACUCCCCAUUUUUACUGGAAGCCUUGUCUGAGGCGAAGUUUCAACUCUUCGGUGUGGCUGCCAGAUGCGGUGACCCUGCAUAAGACCAUAAACCAGGCAGAUUUCCAGGUGUUCUCCCAGUCGCUGCAAACCUUUUCUGGGUUGUUCAGGCUCUGGGUCGGAGGCCACAUGGCUUCUCCUCUGGCUGCUUAUGACCCUUUAUACCUGUCACACAUUGCAUUCAUGGACAAGCUGUGGGAGCAGUGGCAAGAAAAGCAUCAACUUGCAUCAAAAAGGGAAACGUCAAGUCAUCACCAAGCUGCUCGUCAGUUGCAUGUGACGAUGAAGCCUUUUGAUAUUCACUCUGAUGACGUGAUUUUCUCCCAGCAGCAAAGCUGCAUUGUCUAUGUGCCCAUAACCAUUGGUGCGCCUUGCAAUAUUACGUCUUUUCAGACGCACCCUCAAAGUAAUCCGAAAUUUCAGGAACACAGCAUCAACAAGUCAGCGUCCCACAGUGGUGCUCAUUUCGACCAAUAUGGGUAUGAUCGUGACGGGUACGACCGAAGCGGCUGGGACAGGUGGGGCUUCUCAAAGGACGGCUUCAACCUGGACUCCAUUGACAGGGAAGGAUACGACAUGUCAGGUUUCAACCGCUAUGGCUUCAACCGUUCAAAUGUCUCUUGGUUUGGCGUGCACAGGGAUACUGUAGCUGAGAAAAAGUGGAUGAAAGAGCAUGAUGAAGAAUAUAGUGAUGCAAAGACCCACAAAGACAAAGUGAUAUCAGAGAUAUUUAGAGACAAUGGCUAUAACAUUUAUGGGUUUGACCCUCUUGGCUUGGAUCACAGUGGGUUUGACGCAUUUGGAUUUCAAACAGAUGGUUAUGAUAAAGACGGUUGUAAUUGGUUUUUCAAUGGACCGCACUACCUUCGCAUCUACUUCCACGUGCAGCAACAGUUAUUGUCCUCCAGUGAUGACAUUUUGGCCCACAUCACCCGUACCUGUCCUCCCAUCACCUCUUUGCCCCGACACUGGGCCACAUGGGACUGGAUGACUUUUGCUCGAGACUGCCAACCAGAUCAGAACUGGGCAGGACCAGAAACUGAUAACAUGGUCAAGACAGAGACUCAAAAUAAGAGCAGGAUAUGGCUUCCGGUCACACCAGAUCACAGGUUUUGCUUCAAGCUUCACUGGUACAGCGGCUGUCCCCUCGGCUCUGCACCUUUCACCUGCCCCGACCUCUGCCGUGACGCCCGUUGCCAUGGUUACCCACAGGCUGUCUGCCACAUGCACAAUUGCGGUUCCUGUUUCAUAGAGUGGCGUGAUCCGGCUACUGGAAACCACCUGAUAUGCCACGACUGGUAGCAAAAAAUCCAGACUGCUGAGAAAAAAAAAGGAACGAGGAACAUGUCGAAGAAGAAGGAAGAGAACUGAAAUUAACGUGUUUUUACGAUUGUAUUUGCACAUUUUGUGUGAGCUGACAUAAACAAAACAUUUCAAAGUAAAAAAUAACAGCUAAAAAUGAUGGCUGCAGCAAAUUAAAUGGAAAAUUUAAGAUUUACUCUAGAUUUCAUCAGAUUUUUCCACAAAGCCGGUUUAUCCAUUGAAACCCACCUGAAUCUGCAUAAAAAAAUUGCUCUAUACUGUCCACUUGAUAUUCAGAUGCCUUUAACAUUUACGCAUCAAGUCAGUACAAUUAAUCAUUAAUUAUUGAAUGAAUCAAAGCAAUGAAAACCAAAACAUUAUAUGCUCAAAUAUGUGUGUAAAUGAUGGAUCUGUAAAGGCAUAACAUCAGUUUUGAUUUGUUUCAGCAUUCCCCUCAGAUCUAUGGUUUUUGGUUUUAGGUCAGAGGUAUCCAAACAAUGAUGGUUAAAGGGUCAACAGUGCAACUUUUGAUUAGGUUGAGUGUAUUUGUAUGCACCUCUUAAUGUUAAAACCUGUACACCCCUGAAUUAUGUCCACUCUAAUAUCUGUCUUAUUUUCAAAAUUACCUUGCAUUCAGAGGAAAGGUUCUUCCAAUAUGUUAAGUGCGCUCCGGCCACAGCAACAAACGUACAGCUAGAGUCGGAAAAUAUUUUUCAGUGUAGUAUAUCAUUUAUUUGGAGAUCAUAAAGGCAGAGAGGGAAAAUAAUACAAGCAGUUGAUUUAUAAAUGGUGGUUUUGCAUUUUUUGCAUCUAUGCAUUUACUAUAAAACUUUGUUUCUUCUGUUGCUAUCGUUGAAGCACUUCUGAUAAUUGUGUAAAUGCACCUGUCACUGUCUGAUGAAACAAUUCGGUGGGACUGUACUUGAUGCUGGAUAGGCCUCAGUGAGGAUUCAUGUCUCUCGGUCUCUCCAACUCCCACAAAGUGAUGUGACCUUCAUGCAUUCCUCACUAUUGUGUGUAUUUUUGCCAUGGACAUUCCUAAAUAGCCCAAUGUCCUUCCUCUCACCCCCUUGAUGAUUCUCUCUGUCAUUAUCUCAACUAUUUCAUCUAUCUUUCCCCUAAUUGCUUCUGCAUGUAGGCCAAAAGAUUCCAAUGGCACCGAGUUGACACACUCAGGCUCACACUCCCUCACACUUUGAUCUUGCUCACGCUCGGCUUGCUGGAGGAAAUGCCGGUUGACUGCUGGCACAGUAGGCAGCCUCACUAGGCUCGCUCUCACUCUGUGAUUAAUGCCUCCGCGCACAAACAAACACAUUGUUUCUGUACUUUUCAGAGCUGUCAUUAGGAUAAUUAUGUUCUGAGUAAAAGUAAUACUUGAUGGUCAUCUUAAAUACUUGUGAUGAAAAUCAAUGAAGGAUUUUUCUCUGAAAAAUAUGGCCUGAACUGUGCUGCACAUUUUUUAAUUCAAAGUACUCAUUCAGCCGCAAAAUUAGAGAAAUUGUCAUGGUUGUGAUGUUAUCUUGUUUGUAGAAUAUUCUCCUUCCUGUCCACCCUCCCUCUCCUGUAGUAAGUUUCUUUCAGUCGUAAUGGACUUCUACAACCUGACUUUGAUGGUAUUUCACGUCUGGAAGCCUGAAAACACUUCUGGUCGUGCUUACAAUCCAUAAAAUGUGUGCCUGAAAGCACACGUGUAUACAUUACAUCAGAGCCACGCGGUUCUGUUAUUACUGGAAGGAGAGCAGAGCCAGAUGUUCCCCGGUGACUUACUCAAAAGGUGAAGAAAACCUGUGGAGACAAACAGGGCAAAGGGAGUGACCGGCAGAUUUCCACAUUCCUCGUCUCUCCUUUACAUAUCUGUAAACACUCAGUUGAGUUAAAAUGUCAAUACACCCCCAGAGCCUGAAAACUCAGUGUGAACUAAAGAUUUUGUCUCA